AUGGUUUUGCAGAUGGUUAAGGGGCUAACCAAGGGUGAGUACGACACUAUCGCCACCAUGAUUCAACAAUCAAAGCCAUUUCCAAGUUUUUCUAGGGCUCGUUCUUCCCUUCAAUUGGAAUAUUGGCGUCGCGCAAGCCAUGACUAUCACAACGACACCGCACUUGUUGUUCCUCACUCCAUCCCAUCCGGAGGUGGCUCACCGCCAAAGACCCACCAGCAUCACAACCCUGGUGGCGCCGUCGACAACCGCGGUGUCAGUUCUGACCGUGGACGUGGAUAUGGUCGUGGUGGAAAAGGCAAGGGGAGAGAGGGGUUGGUGUGGAAAUUAACAACCACAACCAACAAAUCUCCAACAACACCUCUCAACAUGCCCAAUGGCAGCCCCAAUGGCAACAACAAGCUUUCUGGCCUAGACCAACACACUAGUGGCCUCAACAAUAGUAUUGGGCCACUGCACCUAUCCCCUACCCCUCUGCACGUACUCCAGUCCAAAACAGACCCACUGGUGGCCUUCUUGGGUCUGGUCUGCGAAGCCCAAAUCCGUAACAAGCAUACUCAGUGCAAGCCUAUGAAUACGGGAAACUUAUGCCUUUCACUGAUCUCGGAUCCCUUUUCAACUCCAUGA